ACGGAACUUAUUAGAAGGAACUAUGUCUACAUUGAUCACUAAGACAGAGGAACUGAUUUUACAUACUGCACAGUUCAUUUACUGGUAUUGACUUUUUCCUAGUUCACUCGAAGAUGGUGCUUUCGUCAAAAGGUGGCACAAAUCAUAAAGUUUCCGGCGAACAGGGUAUUUCUGACAUGUCCCACUGAAAUGACUGCUCAAGGCUGCGCUUGUCAUCUAUUCAGUACCAUGGAUAGUCAUGCUGACUGCGCCGGUUCCUGCUGCACAGUAGGGCUGGUGCACCACCGUCAGCGGACGAAAGAGGAAUUUAGCUAUUGGUGCCCUCAGGUCUAAAAUGUUUUAAAAUGAACCGACACGUGUGUUUACCUUCCAUAUAAAAAGAUCCAUUACCCUCCUCCACAACCCACCUUUCUGUCGCGUUCCGCUGCGUCGCACUUGAACUACCCACAAUGCCCCUCUCGUUGUGCACCCCCUGGCGCCUCCUACACGCCAUACUUCUCCUAAUCGCCCUCGUACAAGCCCAGUCACUCUCAGAAGAAGAGUUCACUGCUGAGAACAUAAUAACACGUGAUGUGUGUAUCCUCGGCGGCGGCGCAACAGGCGCAUACGCGGCGAUCCGCCUAAAAGACAUGAACAAAAGUGUAGUCGUCGUCGAACGCAACUCACGGCUCGGCGGGCAUGCCGAAACGCUCUACGUGGAGAACGGCGGCCAUGUCGAUUACGGCGUGCAGGGCGUCUUCAACACCAAUCUAUCAAGGGAUUUCUUCACUCGCCUCGGCGUGCAAUGGAAACCGCUGACCCCAGGUUCCCUCGUUAACAAAUACGUGAACUUCAAAACCGGACAGGAGGUUCCCCCUCCAGCUGGCGUUGUAGACACCGUCGCCGCCCUCCUUGUCUACUGGUCUGCUAUCCAGAAAUUCGACUACCUGAAAGACGGCGUCUACAACCUCCCUGACCCCGUGCCGGAAGAGCUCCUCUGGCCGUUUAGCCAGUUCGUCGAGAAAUACAAGUUCGAAGGGGCGCUAAACGUGAUAUACACGUUCGCAAAUGCGUUGGGGGAUAUGCUCACCACCCCGACACUAUAUGUCAUCCAAGCAUUCGGCAUCGCACAUAUAGACAUCUUCCUACAGGGAGGAUACAUCACGCCGAACAACGGGAUGUAUGAACUCUACCGCAAGGCCAGUGAGGUCCUCGACGCGGACGUUCUAUACAACAGCAAAGCCACUCACACCAGACGCUCAGACACUGGAAUCAAGAUACUCACGCAAGACACGUCGGGAAAGAAAACACUCAUCGAAGCGAAAACGCUCCUCGUCACCAUCCCCCCGACUCCCGAGAAUCUGAAAAGCCUCGACCUCGUCCCAGAAGAAAGAUCACUCUUCGCCAAGCUCUUCUGGAAAACAUACUACGUUGCUGUCCUCAAGAACACGGGAAUCCCCAACGACAUCAACGUCCAGAACAUCGACCCGGAUGAGAAACCGGGCAAUCUCCCGCGCGCCCCCUUCCAGUGGGCGCUCCAGGAUAUGGGUCCCAAUAACUAUCUCGCAAGUAAAAUCGUCGGGGAUAUGAACUUCACGGACUCGCAGGCCUGGGAACUCAUUAUGGGGGAUUUACACCGCAUGGCGACGGCGGGGACGUUUGUUAUUCGGGAGGAUUGGGAGAUGGCGGUGUUUGGGAGCCAUGUUCCGACGUCGAUGAUGGUGGGGGUGGAGGACGUACGGGAUGGGUUUUACAGGAAGGUUUAUGGGUUGCAGGGUCAGAGGAGCACGUUUUGGACGGGGUUGACUCUUGCUUCGGAUUAUUCGGCUUUGUUGUGGCAGUAUACGGAUUCUGUUGUGGGGAAGAUGUUUGGAGGGUGAGGAUUGGACAGUUGGGAUGGCGUCGUGGCUUUCGGCGGUUUGACCAAGUUCGGUGUUGAUGUUUGAUAUGCGGUAAUUCGCUAUACCCGAAUCUGGAUUCGAUUUUACGUACCACAUGAGACCGUCCUCUGCUUGUAGAGAAAAGACGUAUUGAAUCGCUGAGUACAGCAUCAAUAGCAGGAAAUUUGGAUCUGGACUGCGUGGAGGUCGUGAGUGACAUGAACCGGUGGAUAGAGUCCUCAGUCUAUCUAAGUCACAUCGCAUGAUGCUCCUUUAACAGGGUUCAUCCUUGUAAAUUAUCGUAUGGACAACAUGUACUACGAUGUCAUCCAG